AUGGAGUUUCCCUGCGAGCCACACCUUCCGCGAGCCACACCUGACCGGCGCGCCACCGGGCCCCAGCCCCGCCGCCUUCCUCCGACGCCGGGCUCCAGCGCCGACGCGUUCCCCCACCGCUGGCGGGUGCCCCGCUUCUCCGGGCACGAUUCGCGCCGCCGGCCGUGCCCCCCGCAUCUCCGAUCUUCCGUCACGCCGCUGGCCGGAGUCCCCGCAUCUCCGGCCUCCCUGUGCGCUAGCCCCAGGACCCCAGCGCCGUCCCGCGUCCCUCUUUCUACCCGUCACCCUGACGCCCGUGCGUUGGCUGCAGGUCCGUCCCAGCCUUCUGAUCUGCUGCUGCCCUCCGUCCUCCCGUCCUUCCUUGCUGCUACUUCACCAUCCCAGCACGACGACGAACUGGAGCAGGGCCGGCAAAGCAGCAGCUAG